CACGUCGACCACAAAGAAUCCCCCGCUCCCCCCUCGCCGGCGCGGCGCCGCCACGCCCGUCGCCCUCUCCUUCUCCGGCGAGCUCGCCUCCUGAGACAAAUCCCCACUCUGGGGUUCCGUAAGAUCGCAUGCUACGGUUGCUACCUACCGCUCGGUCCGGCAAGGUACGACAGGCCCGCCCCCUUACUGCCUUGAAGUCUUCUAGCUGGUCCGCCGGCGGUAAUGACGCGAGAAAGCCUCCGCCGCCGCGUCUUUCCGGCGAGCGAGUUGGUCGGGGCGCUUCCGUUCCAUUCGUGUAGCGACGAAUCCUGAGACCAGAAGGGAGCCUCCGGUUUCCGAAGGCGAUUGGAUGGGAUUGUUGGGGGUGCCGCCCCUGAGCCUGAGGUGAAACUCCCAAGAUCCAAGAACCAAUCCCACCGGAUGGAUGACGCGGAGGCGAGCAUUCUCGCGUCCCUCGGCCGCGUGCGCCUCUGCGACCUCGCCGCCGCCGAUGGCCUCCCUUCCGACGGCUACAAGAUGUGCGUGUCGGCCCUGACGCAGUCGCUGGCGCAGUAUUCCGCCGCCGUCGUCGAGCUGCCCCCUGCCGAUGGCGCUCUGCUGAGGUCCGGCCUGGACUCCUCCCGCCUCUUCUUCCAUCGGCGUGGGUACGGCUCCGGCGAGGCCGGUGGCGGCUCAGAUGAAGCCCGGGAGUGGUGCAAGACGUCUGGUUACUAUGCUGACCCGCAGAUGUGGCUGGAAAUGUAUGACUUCAGGCCUGGGAUUACGGCAAUGGAGCCGAGUGAUGUGGCGGAAUUGCCUCCGUCAGGGUUGCCUGAUAUGUUCUCGGUCCUCGGGAAGGUUUCCCGGGAGGUCUUGGAUGCGAUUAGCUUCUCGCUGAAUUUGCGCAGCUGCACAUUUACGGAGUUGCUUGACAACAUACCCUUGAGAAGCCAAGAAGUGUCAUCUUCUGUGCUUUCAGCAUGUUGUCACUCAAGGCCAUCAUUUGAAGGAGCACAGCAACAUAGCGUUGCUUCUCAGGAUGAUGAACAAUUGCUCAUGUUUUCUGAUCAGGAGCACCACAUUGAUAAGACUUUGCUUACGCUGGUUAAGUCGGAUAGGUCAGGGCUGUAUAUCAAAGAUUUGCAAGGGCGCUGGAUUCUUGUUGAUGGAGACCUUGGUCCGCAUGAUAUUGUUGUCUAUCCUGGCCUUGCACUUUAUCGGGAAACAGCUGGAUAUGUAAACCCAGCUGUGCACAAGACAGAGGUUGGAAACUUGCAGGAGUGUAUGUUUGGGCGGUGUUCGUUGGUUUUCAAGCUCAUGCCGAGAUCAGUUGCGAGACUGAGUGGUUCGGAGAUGAGGGCUGCUGGCCAUGGUGUUGACGCGCAGUUUCAGGUCCCCAUGCUGGUUAAUGAUUUCAUGCAGACAGAGCAUUCUGCCAACCAACUAUUUCCCAAGAACAAUGAACCAUCACCACAUGCCGAACAGGAAUCAUCAUAUAACUUUGUGGUGAAGAGAAAGAAAGACGGUAGAAAAACAAAGCCACUCCCUCCUUCCAAAAGACUUCGCUUAGAAGCGCAGAGGGUGCUCAAGGAGCGUGUCCAGGAUAUUGCAGAUAAGAAAGGCAUCAAGCUGAGAUUUUGCAGUCUCAGGGACUGUGAAAGCCACAUAAAAUCAUUGGACCGUCCAUGUGAGAACAUCAGAAUUGAAAUUGGAUGGCCACCAGGUGUUCCGUUUGUCCAUCCACAUGACCUCCCAAACAAAUCAAAGCUCAGAUUUUUGGAGGCUUAUGAACCCGGAUGGACAGCCUCCCAGCAAGACUUCGAGGAGCAGGUUUCUGUAAAUUUAGAUGCAUUACCAACCUUGGAUAUGUUUUGAAUCGCAGGGUUGGUCAGUAGUGUAUUUUCACCUACAUGCAGAGGGGUGAUAAGCUAGAAAUGUAUUGCUGACACCAGAUGGAUGUAGAAAUGUGUACCAAGAUUACUGACAGUCUGAACCAAAUGCCGUUUGAGAGCUGACAUACUUGUAGCCUUGAGCAUCUCUGUAAAUGUUACCUACCUGAUGUUGAGAUCUUAUUCUUUUUGAAUGUGCUGUGGUUCGGUUCUUUUUUAAUAUUUCGUGGUCAUGAACGGUGCAAGUUACCGUGUAAAUUUUUGUUGAGACUUUGAUAACUUAACCUCCACCCUGCAAUAAAUUUGAAGCCUAGAAAUUUGAAUAAAAUC